CCUGAAGCCAGCAUGAGCAGUCCCGCUCCGAGCUGCUGUCUGCCUACCUGUCUGUCUGUAGUGGGAGAUUACAGGUUGAUGGUGGAUAAAAAGCGUUAGUAGCGUUAUGCAGAUAACCCUGCCCAGGCUCCGAUCGUGAAAUCCGCGGACGGCUGGUUUCUGGCUGCGGGGCUCCGCGAGCACCGGAUGCUCCGUGAGCACUGUUAGCAUCUUAGCAGCUGCAGCCCUGAGUGAUCAGCAACAUGACCUCAGCAUCCACUAAAGUGGGGGAGAUCUUCUCUGCAGCAGGAGCUGCCUUCACCAAACUAGGAGAACUCACCAUGCAGCUUCACCCAGUGGCAGAGUCCAGUCCCGCAAGCAGUUUGACAAAGAGCGCCGUGAAGAGGAAGCUGUAUGAAGACGGAGCUCUGCCUGCUUCUUCUGACAGUCCAAAGAAGGUCAUCAAGAAAUCCACCGCUGCUGUUUCCAGGGCAACGCAGGGUGCUCCAGCUGUUAUGUCUGCGUCCACAGCUCAGGUUGUCAUGGCAGCAGGACUACAGAGUCCCCCCUCCAGCCAGCCCCCUGUGAAGAAACAGAAGACCGCCGGUGAGCCCCGCAGCAGAGACUCACGUCUACAUAAGAGAGAUGUGACCCUCAGCGCUUUGAAUGACUCGGAUGUGAACAGUGAUCUUGUGGACAUCGAGGGACUUGGUGAGGGAUCAAACUCCAAAAACCUCAACAACUUUGAUCAAGAUACUCUGAACCUGGACUCCAGCCUCAUCAUGAACCCCAGUGACCUGCCUCUGCUAUCCCGCUGACCUUUCACCUCCCCCGAAUGAUGGACAAGCACUUAAAAUAAUUUGUGAUAAUCUGGACUCGUGUCUGAAGCCAGAUGAUGUUGAGCUCUCAGAUUAAAGCAAACAGCACUCGGUUAUGUCGGGUGAAGCAGGACAAGCUGGGCAUUAAUGUGUGACCUUUGGGGUUUUUUUUACUGCGAGAAUUUUUCAGCUCAUUUUGUCUCCUUAUUAACCUCUGCUUGGAGAAACACUCGGAAUAUCACAUUUUAUAAGCAGGGGGAGAAAACUCUUAAUUAUUAUUUUUUAAUUCUUUUUAGAGACGACAGGAAAAAGCCUGCGCUGAUGAGAAAACUUUUGCAAAAAUGUAAAAGUAGAUAUAUUUCUACUUCAGACUCUGCAAGUGUUAACAACAUGGGCUGGCUGCAGCUCCUACCUACCAAUCGGGGAAGGUUGGUGGUUUAAUCCCUGGCUGCUCCGGUCUGCAUGUCAAAGCAUCCUUGGGAAAGAUACUGAACCCCGAGUUGCUCCCGAUGCAUUCAUUAGUGAAUUUUAGAUAGGAAGCACUUAGGCGUAGCAAGCAGAGCGUGUGUGAGUGAGACACGCUGUAGCAAGUAUUCAAGUAGGAAGGCCUUGUAUAUGAACCAGUCCAUUUACCAAAAGUUAAAGCAGUACAGACAUUUGCAGAAAUAUAAAACUUUUUUUGUAUAUUUUCAGAGUGAGGUGUCCAAACCCUUUGUUGCAGGUUCGGUUACACACUCAAUUUGUUUCAUUCAAGUCAAACUCAAUCCAGAUUACUAGCAAGUGGUUGUUAAUCUCAUUUAAGGCCCGGCAUCCUGAGAAAUCCACUUAAUCUCCUCAUUCUGUUCAGGUAUCAAUGUGAUUGUCAUGGGUAAAACCUUUGAGUUUACAGGAAGUGUGGCAAUAAUGAAAUUAUUAAACACUUCACGGUCAGCUCACUGGGAUUUUUCUUUGUGGAGCCUUCAAACACAGUUUGUCCGGUUGUGAAUAAAAUGGAAUCAGCAAACUGAGAUGAUGUGAAUGACUUCAAAUGUUACAUUUCUCCAGUAUCUCCACAUCGAGCUCCUACAGAAACAUCCCAGAUGGGCUCAUAAGUCUGGAAGUUGAAAUGAUUCCUUUAUUUUUUCUUGUGUAUAGAAACUGUCGGUUUAGCUUCAUGUAGAUCUGACAUUAAACUACAGUUUUCAGAGCUGUUA